CUCAAAAUCAUGCAUCUUGAAAUGGAUAUGAAGCUGGAAGACGAUAAAAUUCAUUCACCCACAAAUACAGAGGAGGAAGGUUACGGUAGUGACGUGGAGGUUGAGAAUGGAACUGAUAUCAGUGGAUCCAAAGGUGGAAGUGGUGUUGAGUUAAAACGACCCGAUUUAAAAGGUUCGUUCCGUUGCUCAAUCUGUUCAAAAGUUUUCUGUCAUUCUUCAAGUCUCUCCCGCCACCGUAUGCAGGCUCACUUCAAAAGCUACAAAUGCACAGUAUGCCGAAAAGAUAUCUCAAGUAGUGAAUCUCUUCGUACUCAUAUGUUCAAGCAACAUCAUAUCUCUCGAAUGUACAUGUGCCGUUGCUGUAAUUGGGCUUUUCCUGAUAAAUCACUUCUUCAUAUUCAUCUACAAACUGCCACUAACAACAAUGACAGCAACAACAAUAAUAAUAGUGUCAUUCCUCAUGGAGUUAUCAACAGAAGCUGCCACCUCAUUACAGAUCCAUUCCAGUUAAUCCGUACUCCACUUCUAAAUCUACCAACCCCACAAUCCCUUGAAUCAUCAGUACCUUCUCUUCCAAUUGCAAGCAUCCCAAUCCCUGCUCUUCAAUCGCCUAUUCGAUCUCAACCUCAGACACCUUCAUGGCUUGCAAAUCUUCCAAAACCCAUACCUACUACGGCACCAAUAUUUGUAGCAGAUUCAAAAGAAAAAAUAAAAGAUGAAGUGGAGAAGCCCGAUGUGUAUACUUCACAGUCACCAACUUGCUCAUCAGUCAGCUUCAAGUCUGAUCUUAGUGCAUUCCAUCAGUUGUGUUCUGAUCGUGCUCUUAUAUCAUCUCCAUUGAUUGAUACAGCUUCACCAUCCUCAUCAUCUUCUUCUUCAAGGAUCAGUCCACGUCAUGAAUGCUUCGACUGCCACGUCAGCAGGACAAAGAUAUUGAUUUCUGAAAAUAAAUGCAAACUGUUGGAACACAAAAUUGGUACGAUGCAACAAGAAAGUUUAGAAGCAAAUGCCCAAAUGAAUGGAUUGGAACAAACUGUGCUCAGAUUGAGAAUGGAAGCACACGCGCUCCGUGAGCACAAUGAGCUAUUCCAAAGGAAAUUGUUAGAGUGUCAGAAUCUUGCCGUGAAAUUUCUUCAAAAUGACAAAGCUCACGACGCCUCGGAAAUGAAUUCAUUUCUUCGAAUUCUCAUAAAUAACACAAUUUUGACACGUCCUUUUUAGAAUUAUCUUUUUUCCAAAUUUCUCUGAAACCUCAAACUUCGCAAGCUUUACUAUCAUGUUAAUAUUGUUUCAUUUUUGGAGAUUUCUCAUAAUUUUCGCAAUAUUUUUUACCAAUCUCAGAACUAUAUUUUUUAACUUAUUUCUUCCUGUUUGCGGGAUUUUUUGCUUUUUAUUUCCAAAACAAAUAUUAAACAAACAAAUCAAAAUCAUCCGAUCCGUUGUGUUCCUUCUGUGUCUCCAUCUCCAUAAUUCUCAGUGCUUACGUUGAAUAUACAUAAUUGUAAUAUAAUAAUAAUACAUACUUGAUAUAAAUUUAAAUGCUGUA